GUAGGCUCUGAUAGUUAAGCAAGACCUGAGAAAAACCAACAUUUUAAAUCUUGGCAACUAACUAAAUUAACAUUUAAAGUUUUUGCUUUUGAUUGCCUUUUGAUUCGGCGGGAUCAGGAUUUAGACACUAGAAGGACUAACGUAUGGAAAGAGGAAGAAGGAGAAAGGAGAAACGUGCCAGGAUGCAGCAUCAGGCAGAGCAGAUAUUUACGUGCGGCUUCGAGAUCUUCGGCCGAGUCCAAGGGGUGCGUUUGCGCAAACAGACCCGAGAACUUGCAACCGUUAAUCAGGUGCGUGGUUGGGUGAUGAACACGGACGAGGGCACGGUCAAGGGUCAGCUGGAGGGCACUUUGCAAAAGGUCAAUGAACUCAAGUUCUGGCUACUCAACUGCGGCAGUCCGCGUGCCAUCAUCGAACGGGCGGAGUUCACCCCGACCAAGGAGAUCGUCACCCAUACGUUCAGCAGAUUCUCGAUCCGAUAUCAUCAUGCUCCUGCCCAGACUGCCUAGACUAGGCCGUGAUUGUGAUCCUUCUGCCAAAAUCAUUAAUUUGUAAUUUUCUUGUAUAUUUUUGAUUUUUUUGGAAUUUCAAAAUUGGUAUCAGAGUUGCUUGAUGUCUCUUGGCUGGAUGGA